GCCGGGGAGCGGGCGAACCGCGGCGCUCGCCGAGCGGUAAAAUGAAUUGUAGAAGGCUGUGCCGAUGGAAGAGGGGGUUCCUCUGGGAAAUACGCCCGUUCAGCUGCUCUUGAACGUAACAAAAGUUUAGCUAACUGUACUCCGAAUGUUUUGGGCACCUGCUUUCUGUAUCCUACGGGAUAUGGAGUGCUUGGCCGUGUUUGCAGUAGGUUUGAUGCGGCGCCUGUUGAUUUAAGAACGAACACGUGGCCUUUGAUAACCUUUUUUGGGCUUCUGUUCCAAUCGGUUUUCCUUUCCCAGUCCCUCUUCUCCCCCUCCUUUCCUGUGCCAGCCCUAUAAUGGACUUUAGUUGCCCUCUCCCAGGUGUGCCUGCCAGCACUUGCCCUUGAUAAAGUUUAAUUUGUUUUGCCUCAACAAAAUGAGUUUUUAUCGACCAUUUCGCAAGGCUGGAGAGAAGGCAAAAGAAAACGUCUUUUGCAAAGCAUCAACUAGUCAAGCAUUAAACAAAAAGUUACAGCGCUACAAGAUUAUGAGGCUUUCCAUCAGGGUUGGAGCUGUCAAAUAUUACUUACUAACCUUAACUAGAAAAACCCUAGCAGCACAAGUUCCCAAUUCUGUCUGCAGCUUCUCUUUAUGGAGUUCUCUUUCCUCAGUAAUAGCCUUCCCUCGCUGGAUGUGAGAUGCUUUGCUUUCCCUGGUGUGAUAUCUGCUAAUUCAAAAAAAAAAAAAACCCAAAACUGCAACCUCCCCCAAGCUGUUUUUGUGUGUGAUAUUGGAAACAGGAGGUGCCUCAAUUUACUUUGUUAUGCAGCAUUUUAAAAUAAUUUUACCAAGUUAUUCAAUCUAAACUUUAGGAAAAGGCUUUUUACUUGUUUCCUGCUUGUCGUUUGGGUUGGUGCGAGUUCCAGUGCAUUCUCGUAGCUAAAAUCAAGCAAACUAAUCCUUCAGGUAAAUGCGUAAGAGAAUGAGUAUAAAUCAAGCCUAGAUAAACUGCGUGUUCUUGUUAAAGAAACCUCAUUAAGAAGAUUAUAUCCCUUUUCUUUACUGCAUAUUUCUAAUUUUCAUUAUUCUAUUAAAAUCCACAACAAAAUGGAUUUUUCACAUCCAAAGCCUGUGGGUAUAACAGCAUUCCAGGGUCUCUAAAAAUUGCAAAAAUAAGGUAAGUUUUUUCCAGACUUUGUCAGCAGAAUGUGCCCUGUUCAGCAAUAAUUUUUUAAACGAAAAUAGAACUUAGGGACUUCUUCAUAAAUCAGGUUGUGAGGGGGAUAGAAGGGUUUGGGUCCAUGGCAUUUCAUAUAAUUUCAUAUUUAGUGGUGUAGUUUGGGUGGGAAGAUUAGCAGAAGGAAAAAAAUUUCCGUACUGGCUUCCUAAGUUUUCCAAACUGAUGCAAAACUUGAUUCAAAUGCAGCUCCAGUUAAAAUUGUUUCAGGGUGGUUUGGGUGGCUACCACUCAUGGGCCCAAACUGUUCCAUUUUAAACUGGCUAAGAGUGUGCUUUUUAAAAUGUCUUGUACCACGGUUUGGCUUUGCUGACCAGCCAAACUGCGUGUCUGUUUCAAAUCAUGUUUAAACCGUUCAGCAAACUGCUCAGUCUGAGUCCAGUAUAGACAGGUUCUCAAUGUACUUCAUGAAGAAGUCAUUGCAAGACUUCUCCCUCUGCUAAUGUGUGAGAGUUCUCCCAGAUGUAACAGUGUGUAUCCAUAUACUCUUGCUUUUCAGCCCCUUGUCCACGUUUGUGCCAAAAACCUGGUGGCAUUUGUGUCGCAGGAAGCUGGGAACAAACCUGUCCUUCUCGCCAUGGCUUUAAAGGACAAGACCGUGGAAGGAAUACAAGCUCUACGGGAAGUGAUCCGAAGUUGCCAAGUGUGGUGAAGUUGUGCCAUCUGGAUUCAAGGAAAUGAUCUUGAGUCCAUGACUCAUCACCACUUUUUAAAAAGGACAAAAAAUGAAAAUGAUGGAAUGUCUUUGUGCUGGUUUUGGACAUGGCUGAGGAAUUUCAUGGAUUUUUCUCUACCGUGUAGAAUAUUUGUGGCUUUUGCUAUUAUGACAGGUUUGCAGUCCAUACGGCCAGUGAUUAGAUGAUAACAAUUGUCUCAACAUACAAGAGAAAUUUUAUUUUUAUCACAUCGGGUGGGAUGUAUAUUUGGAAAACUGCACAGCUCUGCAUUUGUGUCCUGAUAAGUGAUAGAUUCCAAACUCUGUAACUGCAAAACACUGUACUGCAAAGGGGAAACACCCAGUGCAGAGCAAAUAAAAGAAACAGUGAUGAA